AUGGAAAGCACAUGGGACACAAGUAUUCUAGCAGAAUAUUUUGAGUACGACAUUUACAGCGGUGCAGCCCCAAAGGAAGGCUGGCUUUUGAACUACCAGAUAAGAGACAAGGUCUGCCCAGAAACCAGCAAACUUACAGCGUACAGCAUUCUGUACUUUGUGGACACAGAAAACAAAAACUUUCGCAUUGAAAUGCCGUUUUCUCCUAAAAUACUGCUAGAGGUUUCAGAGACAGCGAUAACAGGCGUUGAAGAGUAUCUGCAGAGCAAGUACCAAAGCGCAAUAAAAUCAACACACACUGUGAAGAGGCUUGAUCUGCAAAAAGACGACCACCUGACAACAGACGCCUCCGUGUAUCUAUCCCUAAACAUGCACUCAGAGCAGGACGUCCAGCAGAUAAGAAAAGAGCUUGAAGAAACAGUGAAGAAGAACAAAAUAAAAAAGAAAGAGAAAGCAGCGACCUUUCUUUUUGUAAAGGACAAGAAAUACUGCACCGAAGUGUCUCCAGAUGAGGCUAUACUCAACAUAUACGAGUACGACAUCCCGCCUGUUGUGCAGAUGCCAGUUGAGCUGGAUAUCAAUGCAGGGAAGUGGUACACAGUAAACUACAAAGGAGGAGAGUACACGGUCGCAGGAUCAGAGAGAGUGAUACCCCCCGACUUGAGAAUAUUUUCGUUUGACAUAGAGACCACAAAAGACCCCUUGAAGUUCCCAACAGCAGAAAAAGACAAAAUCAUGAUGAUAUCGAUUAUGAGCUCAAUUGGCGGCUGGCUGAUAGUGAACAGAGAGAUAGUCAGCGAAGACAUCCAGCCCUUCGAGUUCAGGCCAACAGAAGACAUAGGAGGAGACUUUGACAUCCACAACGAAAAAAAUGAAGAGCAUCUUCUGAGCAGAUUUAUGGAGAUAAUCCACGUAUUCAAGCCGCACGUAGUUACAACGUACAAUGGAGACUACUUCGACUGGCCCUUUGUAGAUGCAAGGAUGAAGGUGCAUGGAAUGAAUCUGCAUACGUCUCUUGGCUUUGCAAAUAAUGCCAGAGACGAGUACGUGUCAGACUGCAUUCUCCAUCUGGACUGCUACAAAUGGGUGAAAAGAGACAGCUAUUUGCCGGCAGGCAGCCAAGGCUUGAAGAGCGUUACAAGAGCAAAACUGGGAUACUUUCCCGAUGAAAUAGACCCUGAAAACAUGGUUAGGUUUGCAGAUACAAAACCAAAACUGCUGGCAUCGUAUUCCGUGUCUGAUGCGAUUGCUACACACUUUCUGUACAUCAAGUAUGUGCAUCCUUUCAUCUUUUCCCUGGCUUCGCUCAUUCCCAUGCCUCCUGACGAUGUGCUCAGAAAAGGAUCGGGUACGCUCUGCGAAACUCUUCUGAUCAAAGAGGCGUACAGCUGCGAUGUGCUAAUUCCUGCCAAGAAAAGAACCCAGCUGCUGUACAACUAUAACGGAAGAAUGGCAGAGUCGCUUUCUUAUGUGGGCGGGCACGUAGAGUGCUUGAAGUCGGGCAUAUUUCGCUCGGAUUUUGAGUACGAGUUUUCAUUUAAUGGACCAUACAUUGAAAAUAUGAUAAGAGACACAGAACACGUUGUAAAUUCACUCAUAGAUGGAGAGAUAUGCGAGAACAAGGAAGCAGUGGUGCAGGAGAUUCAAGAGAAACUGAGGGCACUGGCGGGAAUGGAGAAAGGAUCCUUCAAGCCCCAAAUCUACCACUUGGACGUGGGGGCUAUGUAUCCGAAUAUUAUUCUCACGAAUAGACUGCAGCCAUCUGCGAUUACAGACGACAGAAGGUGCGGAAAGUGCAGCUAUUUUUCAGAGAGGAAUACGUGCCAAAGAAAGCUCCACUGGAAGGGCCGGGCAGAGGUCUACCCGAUUGACGAAAAAACAGUUGCAUCGCUGCAGCAGAAGACAGCACAGGAGUAUUUCAAAAAAAACAAAACAAAAGAUUUUGAAAAUGACAGUGAAAACAGAAAAAAGAAGGAGGGAUUUGUAUCAUACGAGCACAAGCUCAGGGAUGCACUGAUAGAGUACGCCAAGAAAACAAGCAGAAGAACAAGAGAGGUGGUGAUAGAGGACAAACAAAGCAUGAUAUGCCAGAGAGAGAAUCCUUUCUACGUCAAUGCAGUGCGAAAGUUCAGAGACAGAAGAAACGAGUAUAAGGCGCUGGCCAAGAAAGCAAGGAGCACAGCACAGCAGGCCCAGGAAGCAGAAAGAGUCGAUCUGAAUAAGAAAGCAGCAAUAUACGACUCUCUGCAGAUAGCCCACAAGUGUGUGCUAAACUCCUUCUACGGAUACGUCAUGAAAAAAGGAGCGCGUUGGCACUCCAUGGAAAUGGCGGCAGUUGUGUGCCAAACAGGGAGUCACAUCAUCCAAAGAACAAAGGCUGUGAUUGAUGCGUUUGGAAUAACACUAGAGCUCGAUACAGAUGGAAUAUGGGUCUUACUUCCCGAACAGUUUCCACUGAACUACACGCUCAAAACAGAAUCAGGUUCGAUUAGUUUUUCAUAUAUAUGCGCGCUCCUGAACUGCAUGCUGCUAGAUGCAUUCAGCAACAACCAGUACCAAGAAAAAAACGAAAAAGGAGGAUACGAUGUUCGAACUGAAAACUCCAUACAGUUUGAAAUAGACGGGCCAUAUCGGGCAAUGUUCCUCCCUGGGUCAACAAAAGAAGGAGAGUCCAUUAAAAAAAGAUACAUUGUUAUAAACAGCAAAAACAAAAUAUCAGAGCUCAAGGGGUUCGAGUUCAAAAGAAGGGGAGAGCUGAAGUUCAUAAAAUCAUUUCAGGAGGAAAUGUUCAAUUCCAUGCUGGCAGGAAGCACGCUAAGCGAGUGCUAUGAGGCAUUGGCAGAGUGUGCAGACUACUGGCUUGAUAUAAUAGAAACAAAAGCAGAGGCGCUGGCACAGGAUGAAAUCUUCAACUACUUUGGAGAGACACGAAAUAUGUCCAAAAGUGCAGAAGAGUAUUCAGUUGCAAAGUCAACGUGUCUUACGGCAGCUGAGAGACUCUCUGAGCUGCUAGGACAGAAUGUCGUGGUAAAGGGCAUGUGCUGCUCUUUCAUUGUGUCUAAGUACCCAGAGAAUGAGCCUGUUACGUCGCGUGCCAUACCGCAGUCGGUGUUCCAGGCAGAAAAAGAAAGUAGAGACAAAUAUCUGCAGAAAUGGAUGCGAAUGAAAGUAGUUCCCGAUGACAUCAGGGACAUAAUCGACUGGGAGUACUAUUUGGAGAGGCUGUCGAACAUCAUUGCUCGAAUAAUCAUUGUGCCAGCAGCUCUGCAGGGUCUUGCAAAUCCGGUGAGAAGAGUGCAGGCGCCAGAGUGGGCCACAGGACACAAAAAGAUACUUGGAUUCCUGAAAAAGAAACAGCCCGCAGAGAUAGCGCAUGGAACAGGCCUUGAUCAAAAGAAUGGCAACGAUGCGAUUGAAAGUAGCAUAGAGAACACUAUUGGCAGCGAAAUAGAUAAGAAUGAUAAGGAAAACAGAAUAGUCAAAAACAGUAGCAGUAAGAAAGAACAGGAAAAAGAGCCUCGAACAAAACAGAAACAGAAGCUGUUGGACUAUUUGUCAGUUAAAAACCUGAAAAUAAAAGAAGAAGCUAAAGAGAGCACGGACACAGCUGGAAAAGAGAAAAGCAAGAACGAAAAUCUAGCCGUGUGCAUUACAAGUAUCGGCCAGAGCUCAUUCACAGCUGUAUAUUUAGCAGAGAAUGGAGAGUUCGCAGAAAAAAUUACACCGAUAAAAAAAGUAUUUUACAUACAGGCAGAUGAAUCGGUCCUAGAGGCUAUUUUGAACACAUACAGCACAGCGCAGACAUCGAUACAGGUAGAAAAAGUAAGAAAAACAGCGGUGGGUAUGCUGGGAGAAAGAGAGUUUAUACGAAUAGAAGUAGACUCGGACACCUUUGCAUCCAAGUUCCACAACUACACCGAUCUAUUCGAAAGCCCAGAGGUAAAGAGCAUCCACGAGCUAGACAUCCCGUCCGGAAUAAGAGCCCUGCAGAUGGUCCAGUUUAAGAAGGUGCCUGUGUAUACUAUAACGGCGUGCACCUCAGAAGGAAAGACUCUGUACGCGGUGCAUAAUACUUCCAUGAUGAGUCUGUUCUCAGAAAAAACCUUUGAUAAAAAUUCAGAAGGUGUAUCCUUUUUUGAAAGCACAGAAGCCCUUCUGGCAUUCUUGGAUGAAAAAGACGCAGGAGUAUUGUUCCACACAAAAUCACCCAUCCUUGCCUCCCUAAAGACAAAACACUAUCUCUCUCCGCUUUCCAUUCUUUCAUCAAAAACAAUACAGGGAAUAUCUGUUGCAGCUUCGCUUCUUUUUUCAACCCUGCACAAAGCCUCAAAGCGUGUGGCUGUGCUCAUCAAUACAGCAGAGUACUCGAAUACGCCGAUACUCGCAGAAAACAUAGCCAACGGAAAUACUCUGCUUCUCGACCAUUUGCACUACAAAGAAAGAACAGCUAAAAACAUCAUAGGAUGGAACAACUCAAAAACAGAGAGACAGAUGCACUACACCCUCACAACAGAAGACGAAAAUCCAUUCAGCAAACAGUUCUACAAAGAAGGAGUGUACGAAGGUAUUUCAGUCGGCGUGUCUUUCUCGGGAACUAUCCUCCUCAGUAUAAUAGAGGCAGACACUCUCAUGAAAGAAGAAAGAGCAUCGGUUAAGCAGGGAGUGGAAAUGGAGGCAUUGCAGUCUUUUAUUAAAGCCAUUGUAUACGGAUGUAUAAAGAACCAGAAAGGAGCCAUAAACAUAGCCAAUGCCAUCCCGCACUGGCUUAGAUCACCCCAUGGGAAUACGUCUAUAACUGAAUUUAUCAAGGGCCGAGUUGCUUUGCUGCAGAUUAAAUUUAUAUCAGGUAUUGUAGCAGCAAUAAACAGAACAGGAAGUGAUGUGAUACUCGUAGAUGGAGAGGACGCAAUCAUCCACACAAGACAGCCCAGCAAAGCUCUUGCUGAGGUACACAUUGACAAUGUGAUUAAGGAAGUAUCAGGCCUAUCGUAUGGCUCUCUUAUAAGAAUGAGAACAGGAAUAUGGUACAACAGAAUACUGAUGAUCGAUCAGGCUAAUUACCACAAGAGUCUUGUAUGCGGAAAGGUUCAGUCUCUUUUUAUGUUCCCUGUGCCUAGUGAAAUCAUCACAUCUCUUCUGCAGGGUGAUGAUCUUCCUGCGCUGGAGUAUCUCAAAGAUACAUAUAUGAACAGCACACAGAACGGAUUGACACUGGCUAGAGUGCUUAUUAAAGCAAACAGCUUGAAAGGAAGAGCUCCCAACUUUACAAGAAAAGCUGCGUCAAUUGUGCAGAUAAGCCCUUUCUCCAGCGAAAUAUCUAGAGAGUUCGGGUCCUUCACUACUCUCAGCCUGGAGUGUGUUUGUUCUGCGACAGCCUCUGUGCACUCUUCGGUGGAGACACUGGCUAGAAUAAAAAGUGAAAUUGAAGUAUUUUUCAAUGGAUUAGUGCAGAAUAGCCAGAGUAUGGGGAUGCAGAAAGGGAUCAAGUGCGGAAAGUGCAUGGCGCUCUUUGCAAGGGCUGAUGUGGAGGGCGCUCUAAUGGAGCAGAUCUAUGCAAGCGUCAGAAAAGCGGUUAAAAUGGAAAGAAAAUGCACUGUGUGCAAGAAGCCAAGCGCAGGAACCAUAGUGAAAAGGUGUGCAUGCGGCGGUAUGUACAGCCGAGACAGAAAGAAAGACUUUAAGGAGGCAAUCGACAGCGUUCUCUCUUUGUGUCUGAUAGCUCCAACUAUUUCUAUCAUUAUAUACGCAAGGGAGAUGGUUCAGUACCUGUCGAUAUAUAACGAAUAG